AUGAUCUCUGGAUCAACGACCCUGCGGUUUCCCAACCUGGCUAUAUUCGACGGCUACGGGUGGAUAUUGAUUGCAAGCACGGCGGUUAUGGGUCACGAAAAUCAAUGGGAAUUAGUAUUCAUCAUAACUAUUAAACUAACAGAAUCAACGAAACAAUCUUACCCUAUCGUAUUUAUAACCACCGGUCUGUUGACUGCGUCGACGUUCGCGUUGACUCCCACAGAAGUAUUUAUAACCGCCGCACUAAGGAUGAUCUCAAGCUCCCAACAGAUGAAGCUCUACACACAGCUCAAGGCUGGAUUUGAGGAGGGAAAGGAUAUUGUCGUGUCUGUAAUGGGAGAGGAGCAGAUGUUUGCCCUGAAGGAAGUUGGUCCCGAGUAA